AUGGCCCUUCCAUUCUUCUAUUUUUCUCUUCUCUCUUCCUCGGUUCUCGCCCAAAACAUUGCCACGACCACACCACUCCCACCUCUCCAAUGGAUCAACCUGACCAAUCUUCUCCAAGGCACCUCAAGGCCGCCUCCACUCAAGGAUGCAGCCAUUGGCUAUGACGAAAGGAGCCGGUCUCUCAUCAUCUUUGGAGGAGUUUCAGAGAGUGGGUUUCCUCAAUCGCAAACCUUCCUGCUGGAUCUCGACACCCUGACCUGGUCAACACCAACACCUCCAUCGACUCUUCAACGCACUCCUCCGGCCAGGAGUGCCGCCGUAUCUGGCAGCGAUUUUGCUGCGAGCAACCGCCAUGGAUUUGUGAUCAUUGGUGGGAAAGGAUCUGAGGGUCAACCGCUCUCUGAUAUUUGGGAAUAUGACUUUAACAACCAGUUUUGGUCCGCAGUCGAACUUUCAACCAGUGGUCCAUCCGCUCGCUGGGGUGCGUCUGGCGGAAUAGACAUUCGUGUACCACCAGUUCAAGAUCCCGUCGUUCCUGGCCCCAAUAAUACGAUCUAUUUCGCCGGAGGUUUCGAUGGCACCAACGCCGAUCCCCUGUCCGACGUGUGGAGAUUACAUCUAUCCGGAACACUGUCUUCCAAUUUGCCUGACAGCGUAGGAGCCAGUUGGGACCGCGUCAGAAUCGGCACUCUACCAGGCCGCAUUAGUCAAGCAGGUACCGUAGUAGGUCAGCAAGUAAUUUCUGCGGGAGGUUGCGAUUCAUCAAGCCCUUUGAGCUCCGCAAAUAUUAGCUGUGCAUUGCAGGAUUCUUUUAUUGUCGAUGUUCAACGCCAAACAGCAAUUCCGCCUGGCUCAUGUCCUCCUCCUCGAGUCGGCCCAGUUAUGGUCCCAAACCUGAAUAGCUUCUCUUCCUCCUUCGCCUCCCAAGCUUUCCUUCUUUUGGGUAUAUUUAAUACCUCACUAUGGCAAGAUUCAGAUGGUCUUACGCAAGGAGAAGUGGCCGUUUUAGACACCAAUACUGCAACAUGGACCAGAGUGUUGCCAUCUGGCGACCCAAACUCUUCUGGGAGGACUCAUUUUCCGACGCCACGACAAGGCGCAGCGGCAGCUUCAUUCUCCGAAGCAUUGGUUGGAAAUUCUCGUUCCUCGUCCUCCGAUACAAUUAUAUUUGGAGGUCAAGAUGCCAAUGGAAAUUACCUUUCCGACGUCUGGCUUCUGCGGGCAUAUCGUGGAGUUCUCUCGUCUUCGAGUCCGAUUUGGAGUGGUUUCGGUAACGGUCAACUGCAGACAGGGAUCAGUGCCGAUGGCUCUGGCGUUCGUGUCAACUAUUUGACUGAAUGCGCGACGGCCAUCACCCAGCCACGCCCGACUACAGCUAAUCCAACGACUCCCCCCGCAAGCACGAGCACUGGAUCUGAUCCAUUGGCAACACCACAAACACCAGUCAAUUUCCAUGUCUCCUUCCUGCACAAACUUCUACUCCCCCUCUCUGUCGUUGUUCUAAUGCCAGUCAUGUUAUUCUUUCGCUGGACGUUUGCUACCUCCGACGACAAGUGGAAACCUCGAAUAUUUCUUGUGUCCAUCUUCACUGUCUUCGGCUUAUUAGCCUACGGUCUGGGCAUUGCGGGUCUAGUGUUUGCUUUCAGUACGGUGUCCUCCAGCCAAUCUGACCGAAGCCCACAUCUGAAGACGCGUCACGGCGUAUCUGGUGUCAUCUUUUUUGCUUGCCUCUACCUGCUUGUUCCUCUGUCCUACCUGUUCUUGGCACUUCUUGGCCGGCGUUCGAGCAUAUACGAUACUCGGAGCCUGAGAAGCAGUAUACCUUUGGAUCCUACCGAAAAAGUCGAACCAGCUCUACCUCCAGCGAGAAGUGCAACUCCAAGCAUAUACAAUACCCCUACACCGUCUUCCCCCCGUCUCAGAACGCAAUCUUGGGAUGCAUCCAACCUGAUACGGCCCAGCAUUGAAGGAGGAAUGUCGAGCGAUACCACUCCACCGGCCACUCCGCACCGAGCAUUCGAGGUUCUGAAUAGGCCCAACAGAUCGAGGAGGCUUAGUGCCCCUUGGCCAGCGACCGCCAACUCGGCGGCGACGUCUAACUCGCUUCCAUCACGAAAUUUAGGAGAGAUAGACUGGUUGUUGCGGCGGCGAAGCCUCAAUAGGAUGGGUGAACUCGACUAUGCCAUUACACAGGUGCACAAUGCACAGGUCGCGUCCAGGACUGAUACCCCUGCUCAAUCCAAUUCCGAGCCCAGACAAAUGAUCCAGUAUCCCAAGCCUCCAGAAAUCUUCUUCCAUCUCCUCAUCCAAGUAUCUGUCCUGGCUCUAUCCAUUAUAUCCCUCACAGCAAUUUGGUCGCGAGCUCCUCGCUACCUCUUCGCAUUGCUUCUUGUCUGGACCAUCGGAUUCUAUGCCUUUAUGUUGGCAUUGUCUUGGUCCGGUCGGCCAGCCGAUUCGAUUCUAACGGCGGCACUUUGGCGACUGCGGGGAAAGGACUUACCUCCUGGAUCACCAUUCACAUCCAAUUCUGAAAUGUCGAAAUUGGCCCCAGGUCAAAAUCCAUAUACCCAUCACCGUCCUCCUUUCCGCCCAUCCACUCAAGUGGAUGAGCUUCCGCAUGCCCUCGCUAGUCCUACUGAGGCAGAUGACGACGACGACGACGAUAUCGAUGACGAAACGCGUCAGCGACUCAUUGAAGAGGAGAUGGAGAGACGGGAUGUGUCGGUGAUUACUGUACCUCGGCGUAAACUACAGAUAGCUAAUCCUUCAUGA